AUGAGCAAUGGGAGGCGGCUCGUCCACUCCCGGCGGCCUCACGACGACCGCACCGGCCUGACUCUACAUUGGCCUCUCUUCCUCAUCAACGCCCUCGACGAACUCUACGAAGACCGUAUCGGCUUGCCUAUCCGGGUCUUGAAUGCUCUACGGCUUCCCGAAUGGUUAACUGAGUCGCAUUACUUCAACAGGCAGCAUCUACGUAGGGCUCCAUCUACGACGCAGGCUCCUUUCAAAGGACCCGAGUUGCGCGAUGUCGUCAAAUUGCUCUUCGUCGCCUUUGGCUCCCGCGAUGAAUCCGAGCGCUCGGCUGCCUCCGCGCACGCGCGGCGCUGA